GAUGAUAAGCGACGUCGCAAUACAGCUGCCAGUGCUAGAUUUCGGGUGAAAAAGAAGAUGAGAGAACAAAUAUUGCAGCGUACUGCAUGCGAAAUGACAGAAAAAGCCAAACAGCUUGAAAUUCGCGUCAAAGAACUUGAACGCGAGAUUGGUUGGCUCAAAUCGCUUGUGGUU